CGGAGAACCCGGAGACCGCCCUGGCGCAAGCAGGCAAGCAGCAGAGCCAGUGAACCACGCCUCCACACCGGACCGCCAGCCGCCAGCUCACCGACCGCCGUGCCGCCCGUGCGUCCAUCGUCCCACUCGUCUGGUCCCUUCCCGCCUUCCGCCCUCCGUCUUCCACCAAACCCAGUCAUGAAUUCUUUAUCCCUGCCCAAAAUUGGCUGCCUCGUCUCCUUCCCAUCAUCUCAUUUUGCCGCUGCAAAAUCCCAAUAUAUCUCACUCGCUUGCUUACCUGAUAAGCUCCACGUUUCUUUCUCACUCUCUUCCUCCUCGCUCCCCUUUCUUCUAUCUCUCUGGAGGGAGAAACGCAAACCCCAUUUUCAAGCUCUGGUGUCUGCCAUAACCGCCAAACAAGAAGAGGACAACACUAUCCCUGACCAAGACGAAGAAGGAGGCGAAGCUUUCAAUAUUAAAGGAGACAAAGAAGGGCUUUUGGAGGCUGUUGCUGAGGAAGGGUCUGCAAUGCAUUCUGAAUCUCAUAUAUCCCAAGGAGAGGCUCUGAGAUUCAAGGAAUGGGAAGUGGAUAGGUUUCAAGAUGAGGUUGCUGCUAGCCAGGGUAUAACGAUUCGGAGAAGGCCAUCUACUGGACCACCUUUGCAUCAUGUUGGCCCUUUUGAAUUUAGGUUAGAGAAUGAAGGGAACACUCCGCGGAACAUACUAGAAGAGAUUGUAUGGCAAAAGGAUAAGGAAGUUCACGAGAUGAAGGAAAGAAAGCCUCUUGGUGCAUUGAGAAAAGUACUUGACAUAGCUCCGCCUACUAGAGAUUUUGUUGGCGCUCUUAAAGAGUCAUAUUCUAGAACUGGAUCGCCUGGUUUGAUUGCUGAAGUAAAGAUGGCUUCUCCAAGCAGAGGGGUAUUAAGAGAAGAUUUUGAUCCUGUAGAAAUUGCCAAAGCUUAUGAGAAAGGUGGAGCAGCAUGCCUGAGUGUCUUAACUGAUGAAAAGUUUUUUAAGGGAAGCUUUGAAAACCUUGAGGCCAUAAGGAAUUCUGGAGUAAUGUGUCCUUUACUAUGCAAAGAGUUUAUUAUUGACGCAUGGCAAAUUUAUUAUGCUCGAGUCAAAGGGGCUGAUGCAGUUCUUCUAAUUGCUGCCAUUUUACCCGAUCUUGAUAUAAAGUAUAUGCUUAAGAUCUGCAAAUUGCUUGGGCUUGCUGCACUUGUUGAGGUACAUGAUGAGAGGGAGAUGGACUGUGUGCUUGGAAUAGACGGGAUUAAACUGAUUGGGAUCAAUAACAGAGACCUAGAAACUUUCGAAGUUGAUAUUAACAACACAAAGAAGCUCCUGCAAGGGGAACGUGGGGAAAUUAUCCGUGAAAAGGGCAUAAUUGUUGUUGGGGAGUCUGGACUGUUUACACCUGCUGAUAUUGCCUAUGUACAAGAAGCUGGCGUUAGAGCAGUCUUGGUGGGGGAGUUGAUUGUGAAACAGCGAGACCCUGCACAAGGUAUUGCAGAAUUAUUUGGAAAAGAUAUCUCCUACUGAGCCCACCUCCCACAAGAUUGUAGGAAUUUUGGGGUUUGAAUGAACUUUGCAGUGGAUCGGUGUUGUACAAUUUUGUGCUGUGCAGUGGUUCUUACAUGAAUUUGUGCUCUACCUAGUGGCUUAACAUCUUUAAAAGCUCCCUGGAUACCGGUUAGUUAGUUAGUUAUCUAUAGCCGAGUUGCCAAUAAAAAGAAUUUGCUAGUCCUCUUGAAGAUGUGUCUGGUGUUGGACAAGCUAUAUUGAUUAAACAAAAUAUACGGAGUAUAUCUUUUACGGAUGCAUUUUUAGGGUUUUAGUUAAUUAGAAGGAG